UGCAUGGAAUCAAACCUUACUUUUUUAAUAUUUAUGAAAAAAUGUUUAAUACUGAACAUUUUGAAUUGAAAUUUAACUCUCUAAAUGGGACUAAAGGUUCAACAAUUGGGAAAUCUACAAUUGUGGCUCAUCGUUUAUCUGUGCAUUUUCAAAAUAUUUUAACACCAACAAAAAGUCCACAAAAAUAUUUGGAAACUAUUAAUCAUCAUUUAGCUGUAUAUCGUGAAAUGUUAAUCAACAUAGGUCAGGAAAAAGAUUGUCCUGAGUUACGUGAAAAAAUACGUAAAUUUAGAUGUACAAUUCUAGAAGAAUGUCAAAUUACAGCACAGCUUUUAAUACCUUUAGAUAAAACUACUAACUCUAUUGAAAACCAUGAGGAUAAAGUUAAUCAUCAUUAUUUAGUAUUAUUAUAUCAAUUAUUGCAAUUGUUUUUACGUGAAUUAACUAAAAGUUAUCGUCUUAAUCAAGUUAUAACCAUGGAUAUGGAAGAAUAUUUUGAAAAUCGUGCUGGUCCUUCUAAUCUGGGAAAUGUUAUUAGUGAACUUUUGUUAUGCAAAGAAAUAACUCCCGAUUUUAAUUUAGAAGAAUUGUCUAGCAUUAUUCUGGGUAUUAAGGAAAUUUCUUCAAUGUUAAAAGACAUUGAAUUGAUUUUACCACAAGAAUUUAAUUCCAAUGUCGAUAUUCAUAAUGCUUGGCCCGUAAAACGUAAGCGUAAAUUAUUUUGUUGUGGUUCUCAAAAAGAUUAUUAAAAAGAUAAAUUAAUAAAUGUUAUAUUUAAUAAAAUGUUUAUGUUUAUAAGAAA